AUGCUGCUUGUAUCGAACCGAACCAAGCUGUGCUCCGUGUUCUUCACUGCGGCUCGCCUCUACAGCACUGGCCCGGCUGCAGCUAACAACAACCCGGUGGUUUACUUCGACAUCUCCGCUGACAACGAGCCGCUUGGUCGGGUCACCUUUGAGCUAAACGCAGAAGUCGUUCCCAAAACUGCAGAGAACUUCAGAGCCUUGUGCACCGGAGAGCAAGGCUUCGGAUACAAAGGCUCCAUCUUCCACAGAGUCAUCCCACAGUUCAUGUGUCAGGGCGGAGAUUUCACGAACCACAACGGGACUGGAGGAAAGUCCAUCUACGGGUGGAAGUUUCCAGACGAGAACUUCAAGCUCAAACACACUGGAGCAGGAAUUUUGUCUAUGGCAAACGCUGGACCCAACACCAACGGAUCCCAGUUCUUCAUCUGCACCAGUAAAACAGACUGGCUGGACGGCAGACAUGUUGUGUUUGGCAGCGUGAAGGAGGGCAUGGACGUGGUGAAGAAGGUCGAGUCUUUCGGUUCACGCUCUGGGAAGACCUCCAAACGGAUCCAGGUCACGGACUGUGGGGAGCUCAAGUAG